ACAGGAAAAUUAGUCGAGGAAGCAUAAUCUCCGACACGGCAAAAACUGAUGUACAGUAUUUGUCACCAACUUCCUUCAUCGCAUUACCACUUCGCCAUCAUGGUUUGCUAUGGCGUCGUGCUGCUGUUGGGUGUUGUAUAUCGUUGAUGGCGGGGUCGACGAUGUUUCCAGGAUAUGGUGGAUACCAAACCGCAACGCCGCCGCCUUAAGCCGCCGCGAAGUAUAACUCUGCUUUGAGCUGCGUGAAGGUGAGUGAGAAAAGGUGGUCGAAAACAAUCGAGUGACGAUCUCCGACACGGAAACAAUUGCACUGCACUAUCUGUCAUCGAUUACAUUCCUCAUCGUGUAACCAGUUCGUAAUUAUGGUCAACUAUAGCGCCGUGCUGCUGCUGGGUGUUGUAUCGUUGUUGGCUGGGUCGAACACUGCUGUACCGACGUCUCCUGGAUAUGGCGGAUACCAAACCGCAGUGCCGCCACCUUACUACACAAUUUACGAGUUGGUUACUACUGCAACGACCAGUUGCGACCGAAGGCCCCCAAGUGCUACACCACUUAGGCACCGGAGUUUUAUACCACGACUAACGCUGCCCCGAGCUACUACACCGACGCCCCGAAAUAUUAAUACCCUGCCGCGACUUUUCAGUCAGAUUUUCAGAGCCAAGCAAUGCAAUUUGCGAGUGCCAAGCAAAUGGCGGAUGUGAGGCCUGCAAUUUUGGGAACAUGCAGGCCAUUUGUUCACGUCACGGACUUGCCAUCGGAGCCCAAACAGUUUGGAUAACAAAGUUCUUUAUGCUCAUCACCUUCCCAAUGUCGUAUCCCAUCUCUUUGAUACUGGAUCGGAUACUGGGCGAAGAACUCGGCGCUUAUUACAACCGAGAAAGGCUAAAAGAAUUGAUCAAGGAUUUUCGCGUGUACCCAUCUACGACGUAGAACGGAAUAACAUUAUCGGAUUACUUUUUAUCAAAGAGCUCGCUCUGGUAGAUCCGCAGGAUGCCAUUCCAUUGAAAACGCUGUGCAGAUUUUACAAGAAUCAGUGCAAUUUCAUCUUCGAAGAUACCACACUCGACAUAAUGUUUAAAGAAUUCAAAGAAGGCCAUAAAGGCCACAUGGCAUUUGUUCAACGAGUCAACUGCCAAUGAGAUGGAGAUCCUUUUUACGAAACUGUUGGAUUGGUCACGCUUGAAGACAUUAUCGAAGAGUAAAUUCAAGCUGAAAUCGUCGACGAAACGGACGUGUGGAUGGACAACCGCAGCAAACGUCGACGAGAGAAAGGAAGACUAUUCCAGGAUUUCAGUGGCUUCGCCCUGCAGUACCACGAGCAAACUGCUCGCAAGAUCUCCCCGCAAUUGGCUCUAGCAGCGUUUCAAUUUCUUAGUUCAUCAAUUGAUCUCUUCAAGACCGAAUUGAUCUCAAACAACGUUCUCCGGCGAUUGAUGCAACAGAGUCAAAUCAUUCGCUUUAUCCGCGUUAACAAAGAAAAAUCAGAGUUUCACCCGGCAGAGACGCUCAUCUUUCAGCAAGGAAAACCAGCCGACUAUUUCGUGCUGAUCCUUGAAGGACGUGUGGAAGUGACAGUUGGGAAAGAAAAUUUAGUUUUUGAGAGUGGGCCAUUCAGUCAUUACGGUUCACAGGCCCUAACGUCCUACUCGUCGGCAAUGGAGUCGGCGUCUUCUACUCAACUUUCACGCAGCGUUCAAUCGGUGCGGAUGGCCGUCUCGCCCGACGGCGGAGUUGGCAGCGCAGCGCGUGGGCAAACGUUCGUCACCGACUACACGGUGCGUGCCAUCACUGACGUCGUCUAUUUCUGCCUCAGUCGGAUACUCUACCAAGCAGCUUGUAGUACCACUGUACUCGAAAGAACGCAGCGCGGUGACGCAACCAAGCGGAUAUCAGACUGUGACAGCAAUUUGGAGCACGUCUUGAUCUUUUCCAACGGAGAAGAAGCAAUUGGUUCAGGGGAUCACACACUCAACGAAAAUUCUCCGCUCAUCACGCAAGGCGGAUACUGUACAGAUUAUUUGAUGUCCGACACUACUGCGAUCGCAUUAGACUCUCGCCAGGAAGAUUUAUUGAACGGUCCAUCAUUACCCGCUCAAUCCAGUUUCCUUAUUGGAGAAAACCCUGGAAAUUAGAUCAAUGAAAGGAUACAGGGAUUUGAAGAAUUAUUUCCGUCUCUGAGUUGAAUUUUUGAAGGGAAAAACUGAAAUGAACAAGAUCAUCUAAAAGAAUAAUAAUAUUAAUGAAGAAAUAUUAUUUUUUGUUAAUCAAAUUCAAGUGACAAGCUAUAGACACCGUACGAAAAUUCAGAAAUAACCAGAAAUAGAUGCCGUUAUUACAAUGUUAAUUCCCUCGCAAAUUUGCACAGUCACACAUUUCAAAGCAUUCAGUUUCUUUCUAUGCAUAAUAUAGUGAGAUCAAGUAUGUUUGUAUGUACUUAUGAUAUAAAUAUGUCUAAAGUUUUGCACGA